ACCAAAAAAAAAAAAACCGCAUCUACCUUUCACUUCACUUGUGGUUCCUCACUCUCUCUCUCUCUCCACACCACACUGAGGAGGGAGACAGUGGAAGGAAGGAACACUCAAAUCACUGAACCAGCCAUGGCUACCUUCUCCAAGGAACGCGAGAACUUUGUAUACGUUGCCAAGUUAGCUGAACAAGCUGAACGCUAUGAUGAAAUGGUGGAUGCCAUGAAGAAGGUGGCGAAGCUGGACGUUGAGUUGAGUGUGGAAGAGAGGAACCUGUUCUCUGUUGGGUACAAGAAUGUGGUGGGGUCACGGAGAGCUUCAUGGAGAAUCUUGUCAUCGAUAGAGCAGAAAGAGGAUUCCAAAGGGAAUGAGUUGCAUGUUAAGCAUAUCAGGGAUUACAGGAACAAGGUGGAGUUGGAGCUGUCCAACAUUUGCAGUGACAUUAUGAUAAUUUUAGAUGAGCAUCUUAUUCCAUCCACUAAUAUUGCGGAGUCCACAGUGUUUUAUUAUAAGAUGAAAGGAGACUAUUACCGGUAUUUGGCAGAAUUUAAAGCUGGCAAUGAAAAGAAAGAGGUGGCAGAUCAGUCACUUAAAGCAUAUCAGACAGCUUCUACCACUGCUGAGAGUGAACUACAACCUACACAUCCUAUUCGUUUGGGUCUGGCUCUAAAUUUCUCAGUGUUUUAUUAUGAGAUAUUAAAUUCACCUGAAAGGGCCUGCCAUCUUGCAAAGCAAGCCUUUGAUGAUGCUGUCUCGGAGCUGGAUACCCUGAAUGAGGAUUCUUACAAGGACAGUACCUUGAUUAUGCAGCUGUUGAGGGAUAACCUUACUUUAUGGACUUCUGAUAUCCCCGAAGAGGGUGAGGACCUAAAAAUGGAAAGCGCAGCCAGGGUUGAUCAAGGAGAAGAUGAGUUAGGCCGCUAACCCAUCAUUCUGUCAUAUGUCUAAGAUUUGAUGCAUUAAUUUUUCUCAAUCAUAUUUUCUCCAUUGUAGUGAAGCCUCUAUCUGAAUGGUGCACUGCACCUCAUCAACUUUGAGUCAUUCUUAUUUUUGAGUGAUGGCCUAUUUGAGUCAUCUACUUCAUUUUUAUGCUAUUGUUGAGUAGUUUUAUUCAUGUGUUUGUGACACAAAAACACCAUUGGUUUGCAAUGCAUAAUUUCCCUAUUUGUAUCCUGUUAUGGUUAAGAUCUGUUCUUGGGUUGGCCUUUCAAGAACUGAUCACAUGUGAGCCACUGUAAUAUUGCAAUAUUUAGACUUUUGUUAAGUCUCA